AUGGGAGGUCACUACGGCGUAGAUAAGACUGCUGAAGUACUUAAGAAGAAGUACCAUUGGCCAGGGCUGAUGAAGGACGUACAUCACUACAUCCAAAGGUGUCCCGCGUGCCAACUCCACAAAAUCAGGAGGCAUAAGCCGUGGGGCUUACUCACACCACUUCCAGUCCCUAAUACUGCCUGGCGGCACUUCUCCCUUAACUUUGUAACAGACCUACCAAAGUCAAUAGACGCUAAGGGGAACGAGUACGACGCUAUACUGGUCCUUGUGGACCAGUUUAGUAAGUACGUCCGGUACCUACCCUGUACCAAGACGAUCACUGCCCAGCGCCUGGCCGAACUGUUGAUGGAACAGAGCUUCUCGAAGCAAGGACCACCAGAUACGCUGCUGUCAGAUCAAGGUUCAGUGUUCACCAGCCAAUUUUGGUCUGAUAUUUGCUACCACCUGACAAUUAACCACCGGCUCAGUACGGCGUUCCAUCCCCAGACGGACGGGCAAACAGAGCGUCAGAAUCAGGAGUUAGAGACGUACUUACGCAUAUAUAUGAACUACUAA